UAUGGACGGGUGGAGAGUGUCAAGGUCCUUCCAAAACGGGGGUCAGAAGGUGGAGUCGCAGCUUUUGUGGAUUUUGUGGACAUUAAAAGUGCUCAGAAGGCUCAUAAUUCUAUCAACAAGAUGGGGGACAGAGACCUGCGCACUGAUUACAAUGAGCCAGGCACAAUCCCUAGUGCCGUGAGAGGGCUGGACGAUAGCCUGUCCUUAGGCUCUCGUGGGCGGGAUGUUUCAGGGUUUACAAGGGCGGCAGGGGGCCCGGUGUAUGGGCCCCCUGCAUCUCUCCACAGCAGAGAGGGACGCUAUGAACGCAGACUAGACGGGUAAGUGGACAAUGUUUCUCUGAAGGCAGGGGGAACUUGGUUUCUGAUAACUCCUUACCCCCAAGCAUUUUUCCACCAUCUAUUAAUUUACUUGUUUGGGAGUUAAAGAGCAGAAAGAGGGGGAAAUGAAAUAAGUUCAUACGCAGGAAUAAAUCUGUAGGCAUCCCUUCUAGUCCUCAGAGCUUUGCCAUCGCUCAUGGAUUGAUAUGGUAGAAACCAAGCUAUACUGUAAAUGAGCAUGUCAAUUUUUAUGUACAUCAUGCACACAAUUGUAUUUCUAUGUGUGUAGUAAAUAGUGUAUUGGCUGUUGGGGAUUAUCUUUAUGAGCUUAAACAUUCCUGUGAGGUGGAUAUCCCAUUUGUGGAGAGUACGAGGCAUAUUGGAUAUCGUAAAAUUCCUGGGAUUAAUGGAUGCUGGAGAGAGUUUGUUCCAGCGGCCUUCCCUGGGAUCUCCCUGAUCUGGAGUACCGUGCCCUCCUUGGUGGAUUAAUGGGUCACCCUAUUUUCGUAUAACAACCAAGAAUACAUAUUUACACAUUUUAAGAUGCAUUAACUAGUUUUUGGAUUAGUGGAAAUUGGGUUCUCGAUCAUUCUGCAACCCUUCCAAUGGUCUUUUCAAAUGCAGCACUUUCCUUGUGGUCCGGAGUCAUGUGGAGAACCUAACCCGGAUAUGUAUUCCCCUAUUGGAUUAAAACUGGCCAAUCACGAAAGGAUAUUCUAUCAUUCGAUAAAGGUAUGGGUUUUCCGGUUUUGUGUGGGAUUAUGUUUGAUAUCAGGGUUUAACAAUUAAAUGCUGGGAGACCUCUACUGUUGAUCAACUUUGUAGAGAAACGACAGAAACGGUGAGCAAAUUAGAAAUGUUUUUUUAUUCAAACACCAUUUUUGUUGGUGGUUCAAAUUAUUUUUCUAUUUUUGCUCUUGAAAGAGUGAGACUGUCCAAUGGAUGUAGGGGAAGCAUUAAACAGAUUCACUUAAUAGAGGAUUGUACUAUUUUGGAAUCAUACAAAUCAAUACAAUUACAUGGAAAUAUGGGGCUGAAGAACAUGGCACUGGAUGUCAGUGGAGAUACCUGCCUUCUGUCAGUGGAUUACCUCCCUCCUGAAUGUGGAACUACAUCUGUCCAUCCUUGGAUACAAUUAUUCUCAGAAUCAGAAAAGACAACAUCCUGUCAACAUCUUACCAAAGAAUUAGCCUACUGCCUUUAAGGCAACUGUACCUAUGAGGGAGAAUCAUGGAGUUAAAGACAUGGAUUACUACUGACAAAUAAACUGUGCUACUACCAGAUCAUUUUUGCUUCAAUGGAUCUAGUUGGACAAUUGCUCAAUUUUGCACACAGAAUGUGGCGGACUAUUAAAGAUAAAGAUGAAAUACUUUUUUCCCACUAUUCAUGUGCCAUGAUGUUCCAGACUCAUUGCUCAUGGGGAAUCAAUAGAGCACUGUUUACAGAAGCUGGACAAUUGGAUAUAAUUUAUUGAUUUGACUGGACUAUGUUGCCUAUUUUCCAUGAACAUUAAUCAAAUUGAUCCGUUACGUUUUAUGUAACCAUUUUUGAAAGGAUAGUUUAGUCUGACUUCCUAUGACUAUUUUCCAUCACAGAAAAAUCUUGUUACAAUUGGAUUAGAUUUUUGGAUCAGUUGAUAUUCCAGCCCCUCAAAGCAAGUGACGAUUCCUGCCAUACUGAUGAGGAUUACUAUUUUGAACAUAAACCUGCCAGAAUAAUUGUUUAUUUUUUAAAUAUAUAAUUUUUAAUUCAAUUUUUAUACCCACCCUACGGUUUUCCUUUUUGCUCACAAAUUUCUGUCUCCCUAGAUUGUAUUUGGAAUUGUAGGUCGAGUUACCGCUGUCUCAAAAGGUUGGUAUGUCCUGCCUUGUGUAUUUUAGCUGUUCUCUCUAACCCCUAGUUUGAACCCCUGUCUCUCUCCAUAUUUCCUACUAACAGAAAUAGCAGUUAAAUAGACUGUUUACUUGCUUGUUGUUAUUUGCAGAAUGUGUACCUUUUUAUCUGCUGUCCCCCUCACCUUGAACCUACUCCGCCCACUUCCCAGCUCCUAAUCCCCUAGUCAAUAGUACCGUGUUGCUGAGGCAUUUUUCACAUUAAGUGAGAUGAGAGUGAAAAAUGGAGACACAGGCCAGAUAAUCUAAACAGAGGGAUGCACCUCUGAAUGUUUUUUAAACCAUGAACAAUUGUCAGAUUUCAUAGUUGCAUUAGUUAAUAAAAAUAUGAUUUAAAAACCCAAUUUGAAAUGCUACUGUAUAUUACAUUUUACUGUCAGAUUUGUCAUGACUAAAGGGUUUAUGACAAUGUUUAGAUGGCUAUGGCAAAGUCUCUCAUUUUGUCAGUGGCUUAACCUUGGAAACUUAACUCCAGGAACAGAUUCCUGAUGCAGAAUUUAUACUGAAAGCCAAAUGAUCCAAAAUAAAAAAUUAGCAAUGGGCUUUGGCAAACCUAAUUGUCAUGUACAGAGUCAGAUGAACUUGUGGAUACCGUUUUUAUGUCUCUGUGUCCAGUAUGAAGGAAGUUAGAGGUAGUUUUGCAAGCCAAUGAUAACUAGCGUUAACGCAAUGACUGGACGUCUAUGGGUAUCUGCAAGCAUGCUUUGCCCAAGAUUAUCAUAAGACAUUAACACAAUGCUUCAGUGAUUUGUAUUUUCUUUCAGAAGAGGAAAAGCGGGAAUGACCCUGUCUGUGUGCGCGUUUGUCUACCACUUUGUGUAGCCAUUAGCGAAGAUGCUAAUGAUGGCUGUUUUUUGGUAGAUGGAAAAGCUUUCCAAAAAACCUUCUCAAUUAAAUGUUAACUACAAAGUAGCCUAUGCCUACCUGGUAGAAUUAGAUCAUGAUUAUUUGCAUCAAUCCAGUGGUGAUUUGUUUAGCAAACUCUGCAAUAACAUGUGAACUACAGAAUUAAAGGGUAUCUACACCCAAAAAUGUAAAUUUCUUAGAUUUUUCCAAGACCUCAAAAGUGGUCUCCUGAUGUGGUUUGACCAUUGUUGUGGACUUAGAACAUCCAAUUUUGUUAUUAUUCUAUAAAUAAAGUGAUUUUGAGAGCGAAAACCUUAAAAAAACUAAAUGGAAUUUUGGGCCCUACAAUAUACAGUGGGGAGAACAAGUAUUUGAUACACUGUCGAUUUUGCAGGUUUUCCUACUUACAAAGCAUGUAGAGGUCUGUAAUCUUUAUCAUAGGUACACUUCAACUGUGAGAGACGGAAUCUAAAACACAAAUCCAGAAAAUCACAUUGUAUGAUUUUUAAGUAAUUAAUUUGCAUUUUAUUGCAUGACAUAAGUAUUUGAUCACCUACCAACCAGUAAGAAUUCCGGCUCUCACAGACCUGUUAGUUUUUCUUUAAGAAGCCCUCCUGUUCUCCACUCAUUACCUGUAUUAACUGCACCUGUUUGAACUCGUUACCUGUAUAAAAGACACCUGUCCACACACUCAAUCAAACAGACUCUCCACAAUGGCCAAGACCAGAGAGCUGUGUAAGGACAUCAGGGAUACAAUUGUAGACCUGCACAAGGCUGGGAUGGGCUACAGGACAAUAGGCAAGCAGCUUGGUGAGAAGGCAACAACUGUUGGCGCAAUUAUUAGAAAAUGGAAGUUCAAGAUGAUGGUCAAUCACCCUCGGUCUGGGGCUCCAUGCAAGAUCUCACCUCGUGGGGCAUCAAUGAUCAUGAGGAAGGUGAGGGAUCAGCCCAGAACUACACAGCAGGACCUGGUCUAAACUCCACUCGCUGUGUUUGGAGGAAGAAGAAGGAUGAGUACAACCCCAAGAACACCAUUCCAACCAUGAAGCAUGGAGGUGGAAACAUCAUUCUUUGGGGAUGCUUUUCUGCAAAGGGGACAGGACGACUGCACCGUAUUGAGGGGUGGAUGGAUGGGGCCAUGUAUCGGGAGAUCUUGGCCAACAACCUCCUUCCCUCAGUAAGAGCAUUGAAGAUGGGUCGUGGCUGGGUCUUCCAGCAUGACAACGACCCAAAACACACAGCCAGGGCAACUAAGGAGUGGCUCCGUAAGAAGCAUCUCAAGAUCCUGGAGUGGCCUAGCCAGUCUCCAGACCUGAACCCAAUAGAAAAUCUUUGGAGGGAGCUGAAAGUCCGUAUUGCCCAGCGACAGCCCCGAAACCUGAAGGAUCUGGAGAAGGUCUGUAUGGAUGAGUGGGCCAAAAUCCCUGCUGCAGUGUGUGCAAACCUGGUCAAGACCUACAGGAAACGUAUGAUCUCUGUAAUUGCAAACAAAGGUUUCUGUACCAAAUAUUAAGUUCUGCUUUUCUGAUUUAUCAAAUAAUUAUGUCAUGCAAUAAAAUGCAAAUGUAUUACUUAAAAAUCAUACAAUGUGAUUUUCUGGAUUUUUGUUUUAGAUUCCGUCUCUCACAGUUGAAGUGUACGUAUGAUAAAAAUUACAGACCUCUACAUGCUUUGUAAGUAGGAAAACCUGCAAAAUCAGCAGUGUAUCAAAUACUUGUUCUCCCCACUGUACGUGGUUUUGAAACGUUCUAACUGUGACUAAUUGUGAUAAACCAAUCAUUAAACUUCCGUCAUGCUCAUCACUGUAUUCAGAAAGGAAGUUAUGGUAAAGCUUUAUUUUACAGAUAGCUUAUGUACCAGGUAGUUAUUUUAAAUUACAUUUUAAAUUGUAUAGUAGUUAUACUUUGGUUUCUUUGAGAUUCAGACUUGUGUCACUAUGUACCAGGUAGUUACCAAUUGUGUUUUAUUCCUUUGGGUGCAGAAAGUACUAGAAAGACAGUAUCCAUUGUUACCACAGUCUUUUAAGAGGUACCAUCUUAAACCAGGCUGUAUAAAGUGUUACCAAAGUUACAGAGCCAGCACCUUCUAAACUGCGUUUCAAUAAGUCACAGAUUCAUCUCAUACAUAUGAAAAGGUUAACUAAUCAUUUAAGUGUGAUUCCUACAUUGUAAUCUCAGUGGGGACGCCCUGUUUUGUGUUCAAUUUUUAAGUAGGCAUGAAAUGAGCUUUUUUAUUCCUCUGCCUUAAUAUUUGUUGAUAAAUCGACACCUCGUUAACUCACACAUUUUUGAUAGACCCCAACUGCCUCUUUAUUGAAGUGGUGCUGUACCUGCUAUAAGAACAUAAAUUAGUACAAGUGUAUUCAGUAGUUAGCAGAGCAUAUGAUUCAAUUUCAGUGUACAUAAAACCUUUGGAUUGGAAUGGUGUUUGUACUUUGUUUUAGGCCAUUCUGACAAAGAUGAAGGCUCUCGCACCUUGACAAGCUACCAGUUAGGAGGUCUGGUGAUUUUGUAGUUUAGAUAGCAAGUUAUCUUGUAGGAUAAUCCUCAGAAACUGCUGCAUUUUUGUAAUUAUUUCAAUAAUUGAAUAUGGAUAAGUGCAGUAUCUUUUUCGCUAGCAGCUACCGCUGUGAACUUCCCUAAAAGCUAACAUAACUAAUUGUGCAAUAACAUUAUGAUCGUAAUUGCACAAUACAGUGAAAACCAUGUAAUUGAGAUAUUUUAGUGUUAUCAUACUAUCAAAAUCUAAUUCUGGACAUCCCUAAUGGCAAGCUCAGUGGAUUAUUAUUGAGCUAUCAACUACUUGUCUAUUGCCUGAAAUGCUCCUCAGUUCCAUUUAAGAAUGGGAUUGCAUACAUUGAAAUAGGUUCUCGUCAAGAAUAUUUGUUAUAUUGUUCUCAUAUACUGUACAUUAUAAACUGGAGUUAAACAUAAUCUUUGAUCUGUCUGAUCAUGCACCAUUAAUGUACAGCUGUCCAGAAUGAUAUUUUUUAAAUUAGCGUUAGGUUUUAGAAUUACAUCCAUUGUGAAGGCCCCAGACUCUUGUUUUUCCACAUCAGGAUGUGUCUCUAUUGUAUGGAUCAUAAGAAAUAUAGAAACAAGUUUAUUUUCUUUCUGCAUUUCAGUCGAGUACAUGUAAUACUAUGUCUAAAAUAUCUACUCCUUUUAUUUAGGUUCUUACCGGUUUUCAAUACAUUUUCCAAUUAAGAAGAUUUGGAUGUUCAUUAAAAUACUAGAAUAAAAUUCACAAACAAAUGAAAGAUUUUGAAUAAAUUGCCAUGCUUAGUUAGUAGUAGUUAAACAUUUCAUUUAGAUAAAAAUCUGAAAGUAUCUGGACAAAUAUAAGUGACAAAUUCUGCAACAAAUAAUGAGCGAUAUGAAUUCAUUAGAAAUAUUUACAAAUAUUUUUAAACUAAAUAUCUUGCUAAAGUAAAGUACAAUAUAUCAAUUAAAAUGUUAACUGUAUUUUUUAAGUCUCAAACAGAAACCCCAUUUGAACACUCAACUUGACUGCUGUCUUAGUUAUUUGAUAACCUGAUAUACUUUUAUUUACCACCGUGUGAAGCUCAACUAGUUUUGUAAUUGGUGUCAAAAAGCAUAAUGUGCAUCUCUCUCUCUCUCUCUCUCUCUCUCUCUCUCUCUCUCCAUUUACUCCUUCCAUCCCUAUCCCUGUCACUCAGGGCUGCUGAAAGUCGGGAUCGAGCAUAUGAUCACAGUGCCUAUGGUCAUCACGAGCGUGCUGGCAGCAGCUUUGACCGGCAGCGUCACUACGACACAGACUAUUACCGAGAUACCAGGGAGAGAACACUUAACACUGGGACUGGAACUGCCAGUGGAGGUGGUGGGGCUGUCUCUGCAGGGGUCGGUGGAGGAGUUGUAGGUGCUGGCGCCAGUGGAACAGGUGGAGGGACUGGGGCUGUGGCUGGAGGAAGUGGAGGAUCUUCAUCGGUUGGUGUGGGAUACUAUCGUUCACAUAGCCGGAGCCCGAGCCACUUUGAUACACCAGAGCCUCGAUAUGAGCCUCGUACCAGAGAACCCUUUAUUCUGGCCAGCGUAGUUCACAGGGAUUUGUACCAAGAAGAGGGAGGUCGGCGUAGAGAUCGUUCUUACCACGACAGUCGUAGCCGGUCUCCACACUCUUCACAUUCAUGUAACCCCUCUCCACAAAGGUUGGCGACUCAGGCAUCCCGGCCUCCCCGCUCCCACAGUGGCUCCGGCUCUCGCAGCCGUUCCUCCAGUUCCGACUCAGUCAGCAGCACCAGCAGCAGCACCAGUGGCAGGUAGGUAGAGCGAGUGCUCAUUAGUUUCACUUUCAUGCGUUCUGUCCCCUGCAGUUAUCACAUGGUGUCUCUGUGCCCAUCUUUCUGCUUUACUCAGAGUACAACUUGCUCGAUGAAACAAAUCAGAAAUGCUUCUUAAACAAGAAGCAUAGUUAGCCACCCAAAUGUAGAACUUAGCCACCCACAUUCAAAGGGAUGUUUCACUCAAAAUACAACCUAGUUAUGGGUGAUUACUCAUGAAACUAGAACAAAACAAGUUGUUAAAUAAAUGUUUUGAUUUUCACAAAAUGUGAUCUAUAGAAGGGUCCUUUAGAUAAAGGAUUGUUGACAUAUAUUUGACAUUUGUAUCUUAAAGCAUAUUUGAGACAUAAUGUAUAGAAGUAGGAAUAUUUGUAAAAUUUUGGACUCCAUCGGUAUCUGUAGGUGCUACAAAGCCAAAGUUGGUGUCAUAUGAAUCGUUACAGCGUAUACUAUAAUAUGAGUAGUAUUUUGAUUUCAAUAACCAUUUUCUUACAUUGAGGUGAGGUAUAUUAUGUUCAACAGUAUAUAGAAAAAUGACCCAAAUCAAAAUGGUACAUUUUCAAUAUUCAUACAACUUUCAAUAUUCAUACAUUUUAAGAAAUGUGCUAUUGAAAUCAAAAUGCUACUCCUAUUACUGAGCAAGCAGUAAAGCUUUAUAUGACACCAACUUUUGCUUUGUAGCGCCUACAGAUGAAACAUUAUGGAGUCUUAUAGGAGGCCUGGGUGAGGCCAAAAUAUCACAAAUAUUCCAACUUCAAUUAAUUAUUUCUCAAUUAUGCUUUAAAGGGAUACUUCUGGAUUUUGGCAAUGAGCACCGUUAUCUACAUCCCCAGAGUCAGAUGAACUCGUGGAUACCAUUUUUAUGUGUCUCCGUGCAGUUUGAAGGAAGUUGCUAACUAGCGCUAGGGCAAAUACUAACUCGCGCUAGUGCAAAUGAUUGGAAGUCUAUGGUAUCUGCUAGCAUGAAACUACCUCCAACUUCCUUCAUACUGGAUGCAGAGACCAUAUAAAUGCUAUCCAUGAGUUCAUUUGACUCUGGGGAAGUAGAUAAAGGGCCUUCAUUUGCCCAAAAUCCCGAAGUAUCCCUUUAAGAUACAAAUGUAAAAUAUAUGUCAACAAUCCUUCCUCCAAAGAUUAAAUUUGGUGAAAUCCCCAAAAUCAUGGUCUUGUUUUGUUCUAGAGUUGUGAGGAAUCACCCUUAUGUAAUGCUUUAUAAUAACCAAUUAUUAUGAAAAGCAUGCCCCUCCAAGAACUUAAAGGACUAGCUUAUUCAACUUGCUUGUGGCAUAUGAUUUGAAUUCACUCAACAUAAAUUGAUAGUAGUUUAAGCGUCUCUGGCUCACAAACUUCUGAGUGAAAUUAAAGCUAGUUAGCGUUAUUAGCAUAGUAACUCCAGUUCAGGAUGCACCAACUUGGCUUUGAUGAAUGUAAUGCAAUGAACUCAAUAGUAAAAAAUUGUUCUACUUCUUUGGUUUUAACAAAAAUUGUACAAUAUUAUUUCCACUUUUGCUUAUUCGGUGUGAAUUGCUCAGACCCACUAAAUUCCUUGAAAAAGAUUUUUGUGUGAAGUGCUAAUACAAGGGUAUUCAAAUCUUACCCUGGGAGGUCCGGAGUACUGCUGGUUUUCUGUUUUACUUGAUAAUUAUUGCACCCACCUGCUGUCCCAGGUCUAAAUCAGUCCCUGAUUAGAGGGGAAGAAUGAAAAAGCAGUGGAACUGGCUUUGAGGUCCAGCUUUGAAUUUGAGGGGGCUAGAAGUUAAAGCCCCACUAAUCUUGAGCCGAGGUAACUCCUUGGAAAUCUGGUAUAAAUGUAACGACAAAUUCCAACAACCAGCGUCAAAAGGUAAAUUGAUAUGGAAUGACAGUGAAAAUGUGCAAGGAGACUUCUUUAGCGUGGCAAGAGUAAGUAGGUUCUAUAAUUUAAGCAGUUUCAUUGGUUAUUUGAGAGCAUUGAGAUCUGACACAAUAGACUGCACAGCUUGAUAUGCUUGGUGUGUGCACCCAGCUGCAUAUGUGGUUUCAGGAAGAAAUGCUACAGGGAAUUUUUGGAGACCGCUGGUGUAUUUUCUCACUGCCCACCUCUGUGUAUGGGUAAUGUCCCCCCCCCCCCCCCCCCUCCUCUGUGAGAUCCAGUUGGAACUGGACAUUUCUAGCCACUGUUUGCUCCCUGCCCUCUCCCACAGGCCAGGCACCAUCAGCAGCACUUAUGGGAGUGUCUGAGGGAAGGAGGAGGAGCCGAGGGAAACAAAUAGCUGAGAGACGGCUGGAAAAUUGAGAAGGGAAUGGGAAUAGUGGGGUGUACUACUGAAGGGACGCACGGCUUAUGAAAUGUCUAUUGCAAGUGUGAACAUAUCUAAUGGUCAUGUUUACUACUGUGUAACAGUAUACUGUGACAUAAAAAAACUAUCUCAGCAUAAUUUUGAAAAGCAAAAUAAAUUCCCAUCCCACAAGAGAUUGAGAUGGAAUGGUAGAACUAUACAAUGAAAAUAAUUGUUUUGUUUUUAUUACAUAUGAGGAUUGCAGCUCAUAUUUAUUUUCUAAAACAUUUCAUUUUUUUGCUCCCUUUCUAUUACUUCUGUUAUAAAAUAUAAUAUUCCAUUACUAACAACACAAGCAGUAUUUUGUCAAAAGUGCUCUCUAUUUGCUCUACAAAAGCCAGUGUCUUGCCAUUUUGUCAUCUACCUGAGUCAUGAUUUGCUAAAAUUGGAAUCAAUGCACUUGUGAUCUAUUGUAGUUCUCAGCUGCUCUCAAACCUUGGUUGUUAGUCAAGGUGAUUUGAUUCAAAUCCAUAUGGGCACGAUCUGCUGAAUGCACUCAUGGAUAACUCUUAUAUUCACCAACACGGUGAACAGAUAUACAGAAUAUUCUGCUUCAACAUAUAAAUAGAAAAAAACUCAAAACAGAUUUGAAUCCAUGUGGAUGAAUUGUGAGAACAGUGCCACUCAAAGACAAGUAAUGGUAUUACAUAUUCCUUUAUGCUAGGGUAACCUUAAUUAUUUCCAACCUCGUAUAGAAGUUUGUUCAAACAAACAUGAUUGUUGUUGAGUGUACUGGGGGAUUCUCACAAAACUGGCACUUGACAAAAAAAAUUCUGCCAAAAAAUGAAACAAUGUCCACCAUAAUUACUCUUGGAUCACUAAGAUUAGGAUCUGUAGUUAUCUAUUUCAUAAUUAUUAUGUUUAUUGAUCAGAUAUUAUGCAUUUUACCACAAUUUCCACAACUACCAAUGCAAAACCUCUCAUUACCGCAACAGAAACAAAUCAUUUUCUAAUAUUUAACAUUGCUCACGUAAUGAAAAGGCCUGAGUUAAACAUAACACUGAAAAUAAAUAUAUUUAACAUUCAAUUAUUCAAAUGUAUUUUGUAAUUUAUCUUAUUACUGCAACACAACCUUUUCUGAAUCUUGUUUUUUGUCAUAAUUACUUGUGUAUGUAUAUAUGUUAUUUUUAUGUACACAUAUUUGGGUAAAGAACAAAAGACACACUAUCAGACUAAUCCAAAAUUACUAAAGUAUACGUUUUACCUUUCGUAAUAUUUCUGAAGUAUUUGUGCAUUACGGUAAUGAUGAGCAGGUUUCGGAAAAUAGUGUUGCAUAGUUUGCCAUUGAAAAACUGUACUGAGCUCUAUUUAAGAUUCAGUAACCCAAUACAUCAUCAAACUGUCAUUUGUUAAUCAAAAAUGAUUUACAUAAUAUUAAAAUCACUGAUCUAAAUGCAAUUGACUAAAAUACUCCAUCAUUUAGCAUAAGUACUGUAAUUACGUGCAUGUGUUUUCAAAAGUGGACUUAAGCAUAAAAAGGUAACAUUAAAAAAAAAAAAUCUCCAAGGUACAGUGGGGGAAAAAAAGUAUUUAGUCAGCCACCAAUUGUGCAAGUUCUCCCACUUAAAAAGAUGAGAGAGGCCUGUAAUUUUCAUCAUAGGUACACGUCAACUAUGCCAGACAAAAUGAGGAAAAAAAAUCCAGAAAAUCACAUUGUAGGAUUUUUAAGGAAUUUAUUUGCAAAUUAUGGUGGAAAAUAAGUAUUUGGUCAAUAACAAAAGUUUCUCAAUACUUUGUUAUAUACCCUUUGUUGGCAAUGACACAGGUCAAACGUUUUCUGUAAGUCUUCACAAGGUUUUCACACACUGUUGCUGGUAUUUUGGCCCAUUCCUCCAUGCAGAUCUCCUCUAGAGCAGUGAUGUUUUGGGGCUGUCGCUGGGCAACACGGACUUUCAACUCCCUCCAAAGAUUUUUUAUGGGGUUGAGAUCUGGAGACUGGCUAGGCCACUCCAGGACCUUGAAAUGCUUCUUACGAAGCCACUCCUUCGUUGCCCGGGCGGUGUGUUUGGGAUCAUUGUCAUGCUGAAAGACCCAGCCACGUUUCAUUUUCAAUGCCCUUGCUGAUGGAAUACAUGGCCCCAUUCAUUCUUUCCUUUACACGGAUCAGUCGUCCUGGUCCCUUUGCAGAAAAACAGCCCCAAAGCAUGAUGUUUCCACCCCCAUGCUUCACAGUAGGUAUGGUGUUCUUUGGAUGCAACUCAGCAUUCUUUGUCCUCUAAACACGACGAGUUGAGUUUUCACCAAAAAGUUCUAUUUUGGUUUCAUCUGACCAUAUGACAUUCUCCCAAUCCUCUUCUGGAUCAUCCAAAUGCACUCUAGCAAACUUCAGACGGGCCUGGACAUGUACUGGCUUAAGCAGGGGGACACGUCUGGCACUGCAGGAUUUGAGUCCCUGGCGGCGUAGUGUGUUACUGAUGGUAGGCUUUGUUACUUUGGUCCCAGCUCUCUGCAGGUCAUUCACUAGGUCCCCCCGUGUGGUUCUGGGAUUUUUGCUCACCGUUCUUGUGAUCAUUUUGACCCCACGGGGUGAGAUCUUGCGUGGAGCCCCAGAUCGAGGGAGAUUAUCAGUGGUCUUGUAUGUCUUCCAUUUCCUAAUAAUUGCUCCCACAGUUGAUUUCUUCAAACCAAGCUGCUUACCUAUUGCAGAUUCAGUCUUCCCAGCCUGGUGCAGGUCUACAAUUUUGUUUCUGGUGUCCUUUGACAGCUCUUUGGUCUUGGCCAUAGUGGAGUUUGGAGUGUGACUGUUUGAGGUUGUGGACAGAUGUCUUUUUAUACUGAUAACAAGUUCAAACAGUUGCCAUUAAUACAGGUAACGAGUGGAGGACAGAGGAGCCUCUUAAAGAAGAAGUUACAGGUCUGUGAGAGCCAGAAAUCUUGCUUGUUUGUAGGUGACCAAAUACUUAUUUUCCACCAUAAUUUGCAAAUAAAUUCAUAAAAAAUCCUACAAUGUGAUUUUCUGGAUUUUUUUUCUCCUCAAUUUGCCUGUCAUAGUUGACGUGUAUCUAUGAUGAAAAUUACAGUUCUCUCUCAUCCUUUUAAGUGGGAGAACUUGCACAAUUGGUGGCUGACUAAAUACUUUUUUCCCCCACUGUAUUUACAAGUAAUAUUGGCGUUAGGACGUGGAUAUGUGUGGUUCUAAGGUAUUUUAGAUGCAUUUCUAAAUUGAAUGGCAUCCUAUGGGCAAAUGGCAAACAUGAUAUACCUAUAAAGUAUCUAAAUAUGUGGGAUAUGAAUCAAAAACUGUCUUGGGAUAUCAAACAACAGUAAAGGUAAUUGCUAAAACAGGUACACUUGUCAAAAUGAAGGAUAUCCUCCUUUAAGUGGCUGGGUUGCUGAAACAAACUCCAGAUUGUGGCUUUAAGUAAAUCUGAAUAAGGUUUAUGCACCCAUAUUUCUUGACAACUCCUACUUAAUAAAAUAACUGAUGUUUUACAAAAAAUAUAUAUAUACAAUAGGUGUAAGCAGUGGUCCUAGUAAAUAAGAAAAGUUACCAGCACAGCACACCCAUUGACUAUACAUUAGAGUUUGAUUAUUAUCAUUACUGAAAUUAAGGUUCUCAUUACCGAAACUGACUUAAAAUGUAUUCAGUAAUGAGACAUUUGUGUUUCGGUAAUGAAAGCCCCUUAGCUCAAUCUGCAAGUAAUAGGAGACAGCCAUUAUGAGUCAGCAAACAAUUGACCACAUCACUAAAGCCCAUUCAUGCCUCCAUGUUGGUAAGGUAAUAGUUCUCAAAGUUUUUCCCAAUUGGAGCUUUUUAGUCAUUUUAGUGAAAGGUCAAGUGUCUUAAAGGGGGUGUUUGAGAAUAAGAUCCUCAUUCUGAAGGCAUAUAAGUGAAGAAAUUAAAUGAACUUGUGCUCAUCUAAGGACUACUCCUCUAGAUGAUGCAUCAUGGGUGAUAAAAACUUUAUUUAAAAAAUGAUUGGAGUUUUUACAGCAACUUAAAGUGUUACGGUAAUGAGAAACAUGUCCACAGACACUGUUUUCUGCAGACACUGUUUUUACAUAAUAAUUAUUAUAGUUUUAAUGUAAACAUAAACUAGUAUAUAACUUGUAUGAUUUAUGGACAAACUACAGCAACAAUUUCUGUUUUAUUCAACAUUUUAUCAAAUUUAAUCAGACGCAUUUCGGUAAUGUGAAAAUGUACAGAAUUCAGGCAAAAAUAUACAAUGGAUUUAAAAUAAGACACUGUGCCAUAAACUAGGCAUCUUAGUGUUCAGAAUGAUAGUUGAUUGUUGCAGAUGCAUCACAGUUUUCUAACUCAAGUUGUUACUGCCAUGGUUAAAACUGGUUUCAUGAGAAUCACCCGUCUAAUGGAUUGACGAUGAUUCCGAUAUCACAUCUCGGAACUAUAUCAAAAUCGUUGUGCAUAGAGAUGUCUUUAAAUGUAAUGUUUCAGACAAAAGCACACCAUUUCUGAAUCAUCAGUUCUUUACAGUGAUUUACUCCUCUUGUUAUGACUGAUAUAUGAGAUUCUGUGACAUGCACACUAAGCUAUUUUCCAUUAAGCCUCUGUGUUCCUCUUUGGCAGCAGUGAUUCCAGCAGUAGUUCAAGUGAUGACUCCCCAGCACGUUCAGUUCAGUCUGCUGCCGUCCCUGCACCUUCAACUCUGCCUUUAUCUGCCCUUGACAAGGAUGAGCCUCGAAAAAGCUUUGGUGUCAAGGUCCAGAAUCUUCCUGUGCGUUCUACAGGUGAGGAUUUGACCCCUUUCUGCUGUGCAGUGGUGGGAAAAAGUACCCAAAGGUCAUACUUGAGUAAAAGUAAAGAUACCUUAAUAGAAAAUGACUAAAGUACAAUUUUAAGUCACCCAGUAAAAUACUACUUGUCUAAAAGUAUUUGGUUUUAAAUAUACUUAAGUAUCAAAAGUUAAUGUAAUUGCUAAAAUGUAUUUAAGUAUCAAAAGUAAAAGUAUAAAUCAUUUAAAAUUCCUUAUAUUAAGCAAACCAGAUGGCAUCAUUUUGUUUUAAAAAUGUACGGAUAGCCAGGGGCACACUCCAACACUCAGACAUAAUUUAGUGAGUCCGCCAGAUCAGAGGCAUGUUCUCUUGUUAAGUGUGUGAAUUGGACCAUUUUCCUGUUCUGCUAAGCAUUCAAAAUGUACCAAAUACUUUUGCGUGUCAGGAAAAAUGUAUGGAGUAAAACUACAUUAUUUUCUUUAGGAAUGUAGUGAAGUAAAAGUUGUCAAAAAUAUAAAUAGUUAAGUACAGAUACCCCCAAAAAUGACUUAAGGUAGUUUGCACCACUGCUGCUGUGUAUAUACCAUACAUUAUCUGCUCCACGCUACAUGUGGGCAGUACACUGUUAAGGGUUUGGUAAUAAUAGUCUGCUAAAUGGCUUAUUAUUAUUAUAUAAUUUGUUGAGUUAAUGACAUUGUUGAGGCUUUUUGUACUGCAGAUAAGAAUUAGUCACCUAUGUAUGCACCUGAAGGUAUUUAGUCAAAAACAUUUAUUAUAAUCUUUGUUCCCUCUGCUUUCAGAUACAAGUCUGAAGGAUGGCCUGUUCCAUGAGUUCAAGAAGUAUGGGAAGGUGACGUCUGUGCAAAUCCAUGGAUCUUUAGAGGAGCGCUAUGGACUAGUGUUCUUUCGCCAGCAGGAGGACCAGGAGAAGGCCCUGGGUGCAUCAAAGGGGAAGCUGUUUUUUGGCAUGCAAAUUGAGGUCAUUGCCUGGAACGGCCCUGGUGCGUCCACAACUGGUAUAUAAAGGGGCUUGAGUUUUUCCUAACCACGUAACCUGACCAGGAAAAUCUAUGGGCUCUGUUUAGAUUAUAUAAAACCUUUUUAAAAAUGAUUUAUACAGGUUCAUGAAAACAUGCAUUUCUCUUUUCAGAGACUGAAAGCGAGAAUGAGUUCCGGCCUCUGGAUGAGAGGAUAGACGAAUUUCACCCCAAAGCCACACGGACUCUGUUUAUUGGCAACCUGGAAAAGACCACCAGCUACCAUGAUCUGCUCAAUAUCUUUCAGCGCUUUGGGGAGAUAGUGGUAAGUGAAAUACAUUCUGAAUCUGGAUGUUGCAAAGGAGAUUUUGUGAGGAACAAAUGUCCUAAUUAAACACUGCCUCUCUUAAUUCAGUGUUGCCUUUCUUCCCAUUCACAUAGGAUAUUGACAUCAAGAAAGUUAAUGGUGCCCCUCAGUAUGCCUUUCUACAGUACUGUGACAUUGCCAGUGUCUGUAAGGCCAUAAAGAAGAUGGAUGGAGAGUACCUCGGCAACAAUAGGCUAAAGGUGAGAAGAGCAUUAUAACUCGAAUUUCGCGAAAACACAUCUUUUGAAUAUACAACUGAGAUUUUUUUGUUGUUGAUGGUUGUGACUGGAGUGAUGUCAACAGGAUAAUAUUGUUGACAUGUUAAAUCGCCCUCUUUCUACAGCUUGGAUUUGGAAAAAGUAUGCCCACAACUUGUGUUUGGUUGGAUGGUUUAGCCUCCAACAUCACAGAGCAGUAUCUCACUCGUCAUUUCUGCCGUUAUGGACAUGUUGUCAAGGUAAGCCUGCUCCUUAUUCCUGUUUUAAGCUUUUCUCUUAUGACAUAUCCCCAUGUCAUUAUUUAUUUAUUUAUAUAUAUAUAUUCUACCAGUCAAACGUUUGGACACACCUACUCAUUGAAGGGCUUUUCUUUGUUUUUACUAUUUUCUACAUUAUAGAAUAAUAGUGAAGACCUCAACUAUGAAAUAACACAUAUGGAGUCAUGUAGUAACCAAAAAAAUAUAUUUGAGAUUCUUCAAAUAGCCACCCUUUGCUUGAUGACAGAUUGCAUACUCUUGGCAUUCUCUCAACCAGCUUCACCUGGAAUGCUUUUCCAACAGUCUUGAAGGAGUUCCCACAUAUGCUGAGCACUUGUUGGCUGCUUUUCCUUCACUCUGCCGUCCGACUCAUCCCAAACCAUCUCAAUUGGGUUGAGGUCGGGUGAUUGUGGAGGCCAGGUCAUCUGAUGCAGCACUCCAUCACUCUCCUUCUUGGUCAAAUUGCCCUGGAGGUGUGUUGGGUCAUUGUCCUGUUGAAAAACAAAUGAUAGUCCUACUAAGCGCAAACCAGAUGGGAUGGUGUAUCGCUGCAGAAUGCUGUGGUAGCCAUGCUGGUUAAGUGUGCCUUGAAUUCUAAAUAAUUAACUGACAGUGUCAUCAACAAAUCACCCCCACACCAUCACACCACCUCCAUGCUUCACGGUGGGAACCACACAUGCGGAGAUCAUCCGUUCACCUACUCUGCGGUUGGAACCACGGCGGUUGGAACCAAAAAUCAUCAAUUUGGACUCAUCAGACCAAAGGACAGAUUUCCACCGGUCUAAUGUCCAUUGCUUGUGUUUCUUGGCCCAAGCAAGUCUCUUCUUCUUAUUGGUGUCCUUUAGUAGUGGUUUCUUUGCAGAAAUUCGACCAUGAAGGCCUGAUUCACGCAGUGUCCUCUGAACAGUUGAUGUUGAGAUGUGUCUGUUACUUGAACUCUAUGAAGCAUUUAUUUAGUCUGCAAUUUCUGAGGCUGGUAAUGAACUUAUCCUCUGCAGCAGAGGUAACUCUGGGUCUUCCUUUCCUGUGGUGGUCCUCAUGAGAAGCAGUUUCAUCAUAGCGCUUGAUGGUUUUUGCGACUGCACUUGAAGAACCUUUCAAAGUUCUUGAAAUUUUCCGGAUUGACUGACCUUCAUGUCUUAAAGUAAUGAUGGACUGUCGUUUCUCUUUGCUUAUAUGAGCUGUUCUUGCCAUAAUAUGGACUUGGUCUUUUACCGAAUAGGGAUAUCUUCUGUAUACCACCCCUACCUUGUCACAACACAACUGAUUGGCUCAAACGCAUUAAGAAGGAAAGAAAUUCCACAAAUUAACUUUUAACAAGGCACACCUGUUAAUUGAAAUGCAUUCCAGGUGACAACUUCAGGAAGCUGAUUGAGAGAAUGCCAAGAGUGUGCAAAGCUGUCAUGAAGGCAAAGGAUGGCUACUUUGAAGAAUCUCAAAUGUAAAAUAUAUUUUGAUUUGUUUAACACUUUUUUGGUUAUUACAUGAUUCCAUAUGUGUUAUUUCAUAGUGUUGAUGUCUUCACUAUUAUUCUACAAUGUAGAAAAUGGUACAAAUAAAGAAAAACCCUGGAAUGAGUAGGCCUGUCCAAACUUUUGACUGGUACUGUACAUACAUACAUACAUACUUACAGUGCAUUCGGAAAGUAUUCAGUCCACUUUACUUUUUCAACAUUUUGUUACGCUACAGCCUUAUUCUAAAAUGGAUGAAAUAAAACAUUUUCCUCAUCAAUCUACACACAAUACCCCAUAAUGACUAAGUGAAAACAGGUUUUUAGACGUUUUUACAUAAGUAUUCAGACCCUUUGCUAUGAGACUCGAAAUUGAGCUCAGGUGCAUCCUGUUUCGAUUGAUCCUCCUUGAGAUGUUUCUACAAUUUGGAGUCCACCUGUGGUAAAUUCAAUUGAUUGGACAUGAUUUGGAAAGGCACACACCUGUCUAUAUAAGGUCCCACAGUUGACAGUGCAUAUCAGAGCAAAAACCAAGCUAUGAGGUUGAAGGUCCCAAGAACACAGUGGCCUCAAUCAUUCUUAAAUGGAAGAAGUUUGGAGCCACCAAGACUCUUCCUAGAGCUGGCCACCCGUCCAAACUGAGCAAUCGGGGGGAGAAGGGACUUGGUCAGGGAGGUGACCAAGAACCCGAUGGUCCCUCUGACAGAGCUCCAGAGUUCCUCUGCAGAGAUGGGAGAACCUUCCAGAAGGACAACCAUCUCUGCAGCACUCCACCAAUCAGGCCUUUAUGGUAGAGUAGCCAGACGGAAGCCACUCCACAGUAAAAGACACAUGGCAGCCCGCUUGGAGUUUGCCAAAAGGCACCUGAAGACUCUCAGACCAUGGGAAACAAUAUUCUUUGGUCUGAUGAAACCAAGAUUGAGCUCUUUGGCCUGAAUGCCAAGCGUCAUGAAAAAUGUAUGCACUCACUAACUGUAAGUCACUCUGGAUAAGAGCGUCUGCUAAAUGACUAAAAUGUAAAAAUGUCAAAUGUCAUUUCUGGAGGAAACCUGGCACCAUCCCUACGGUGAAGCAUGGUGGUGGCAGCAUCAUUUUGUGGGGAUGUUUUUCAGCGGCAGGGACUGGGAGUCUAGUCCGGAUCGAGGCAAAGAUGAACAGAGCAAAGUACAGAGAUAUCCUUGAUGAAAACCUGCUCCAGAUCGCUCAGGUCCUCUGGGGUGAAGGUUCACCUUCCAACAGGACAACGACCCUAAGCACACAGCCAAGACUACGCAGGAGUGGCUUCGUGACAAGUCUCUGAAUGUCCUUGAGUGGCCCAGCCAUUGCCCGGACUUGAACCUGAUCGAACAUCUCUGGAGAGACUUGAAAAUAGCUGUGCAGCGAUGCUCCCCAUCCAACCUGACAGAGCUUGAUAGGAUAUGCAGCGAAGAAUGGGAGAAACUCUCCAAAUACAGGUGUGCCAAGCUUGUAGCAUCAUACCCAAAAAGACUCGAGGCUGUAAUUCCUGCCAAAGGUGCUUCAACAAAGUACUGAGUAAAGGGUCUGAAUACUUAUGUAAAUGUAAUAUUUCCGUUUUUUACUUUUAAUAAAUUAGCAAACAUUUCUAAAAAUAUGUUUUUGCUUUGUCAUUAUGGGGUAUUGUGUGUAGAUUGAUGGAAAAAAAACAAUUUAAUACAUUUAAGAAUAAGGCUGUAAAGUAACAAAAUGUGGAAAAAGUCAAGGGGUCUGAAUACUUUCUGAAUGCACUGUAUCUAAGGAAGAUGGUUUUACUAAAUGUUUUUCAUACUUCUCUCCCCUCCCACCACAGGUUGUAUUUGACAGACCAAAAGGAAUGGCCCUCGUCCUGUAUAAUAACAUAGAAUAUGCGCAGGCGGCUGUCAAGGAGACAAAGGGUUGGAAGAUUGGUGGCAACAAAAUUAAGGUAAGCAAGAAAAUGUCUUAUGAAAUAGAAUCCCUGUUGGUUGGGGAAAUAGGCCAGGUGAUUGAAGACCAUAGUCCAAACCAUGAUAUUUGUCUCUGUUUUAUCAACUUCCAUGUGGUUUUGUUUGCAGGUGGACUUUGCCAAUCAGGAAAGUCAGAUGGCUUUCUAUCACUCAAUGCAGGCAUCUGGGCAGGACAUUCGCGACUUCUAUGAAAUCCUAUCUGAGCGAAGGUUUGUAUCAUUUUUACUAGAUUCAUUUUGUUUUUUAUUUUGUUUCAUUUAACCAGGUAAGCCAGUUGAGAACAAGUUCUCAUUUACAACUGCGACCUGGCCAAGAUAAAGCAAAGCAGUCCGAUAAAAACAACAACACAGAGUUACAUAUGGGGUAAAACAAAACAUAAAGUCAAAAAUACAACAGAAAAUAUAUAUACAGUGUGUGCAAAUGUAGCAAGUUAUGGAGGUAAGGCAAUAAAUAGGCUAUAGUGCAAAAUAAUUACAAUUAGUAUUAACACUGGAAUGAUAGAUGUGCAAGAGAUGAUAGAGAUACUGGGGUGCAAAUGAGCAAAAUAAAUAACAAUAUGGGGAUGAGGUAGUUGGGUGGGCUAAUUUCAGGUGGGCUGUGUACAGGUGCAGUGAUCGGUAAGGUGCUCUGACAACUGAUGCUUAAAGUUAGUGAGGGAGAUAAGUGUCUCCAGCUUCAGAGAUUUUUGCAAUUCGUUCCAGUCAUUGGCAGCAGAGAACUGGAAGGAAUGGCGGCCAAAGGAGGUGUUGGCUUUGGGGAUGACCAGUGAGAUAUACCUGCUGGAGCGCAUACUACGGGUGGGUGUUGCUAUGGUGACCAAUGAGCUAAGAUAAGGUGGGGAUUUGCCUAGCAGUGAUUUAUAGAUGGCCUGGAGCCAGUGGGUUUGGCGACGAAUAUGUAGUGAGGACCAGCCAACAAGAGCGUACAGGUCACAGUGGUGGGUAGUAUAUGGGGCUUUGGUGACAAAACGGAUGGCACUGUGAUAGACUACAUCCAAUUUGCUGAGUAGAGUGUUGGAGGCUAUUUUGUAAAUGACAUAUUUUGUCACAUAUCCCCAUUUGAAAAAUUCCAAUGACAUUGAAUAAUAUAAUUUUGGUUUAUUUUUGUGUUUAUCAGGGAUGAGCGCAGGCCGCAAUAUGAGUUUACAGCUGAGCGGCCAUUAUUUGACAAUGCUGUGCGAACACCUGGAGGAACCUUCACAGAAGAUCCCCGUCGCAAGUUACCUGACAGAGGCCGCGAGUUCUACACAGAAUGGGACUCAUACCAGGGGGAUUUCUAUGACCCACGUUACUUUGAUGACCCUCGUGAAUACAGAGAUUACAGAGACCCCUAUGAGCAGGACAUCCGCAAAUACAGUUACUUGCAGAGGGAGCGUGAGAGGGAGCGCUUUGAAACGGACCGCGAACGUGACCAUGGGCGGAGGACAAUGGAACACAGCCAGAGCCCUUCUCACCCUCAUCGCCCUGCCAGUCCUACAGCAUCCCACUCCCUCUCUGAGCGUCUACCAAGUGACUCUGAUCGGCGCAUUUGCUGUAGAUCCUCAGAGCGAAGUGCCAGCUGCAGUUCACUCUCACCUCCAAGAUUUGACAAGCCUGACAAGGCACGAUCCGAUCGGUAUAAUAAGAGUGAUAAGCCAGAGAAGGAGAGACUUUUUGAAGCUGAACAUGGUAUUGGGGGUGAAAAGGAAAAGUGGUCUGGGCGCAAGGAGAAGAGUGAAAAGGAGAAAGGUGAGAAACCGAGGCUAAGAAAGCUUAAAUUGCUGUCUCCCAGCAUUCCAUCGCCUGAGACUGAGCCUAAACUGGAAAGAGAAGUUAGUCCAGAUGCAGGCCUUCGAAGCAAAGUCAGCAAGUUUCCUCUUAAGGAAAAAGAAGGCUCGGGCAAAGGACGGCUAGACCUACCACCUUGUGUGGUGCAGCUAACACGUGUGAAGGAGAAGGAAGGCAAAUUGCUUGGUCAUGCUGUCCUAGAAAAACAAAGACUUAGAGGUGGGAAUGGCAGUAUUCGGCUUGCAUCACCUUCAAGGGAUCAGAAGAGUCCUCCCUUCCGCAUAGAUCCCCAAAAAGGAGAUCUAAUCAAGCAUGGGAAGGUGCCCAAAGACAAAACCCUGGCGAGGCUGGUUGAAGUUGUAGACAAGGAUGGUAAAAUUAAAGCCAAAAAACAUAUGAAAGCUGACCCUGGGUUUGAUGGUUCUAACUCUGUGGAUGUUGACCGUCUAGCUGCACGAAAGAGGCGUUUUGAAGACUCCAUGGGGAAGACCGAUCAACUGAAGAGGGGCAGUCCAGAAGAGGAAGAGGGCGGUAGACUGGGACUUAGGAAGACACCUGACAGUGCUAUGGGAAAGGAGAAUGAGGGUGAAAAGAGCCUAUUGCGAAAAGUGGUGCAUAAGAAGGAUUAUUGCAAGGCUAAAUCUGAGAGACUUGUUACUGUUUGCAGUCCUAAAGAUGAACAAGAGUCUGAAAUUGUCUCCAUGGGAAUGGGCCUUGGACUCAGUUUGGAACUUCAGUCACGACUUGGAGAACCAACAGCAGAUGCAACAGAUCCAUUAGACCCACCCUGUCUGAAAAUUCAGUUUUGGGGAUCAAGUCUCACAAAAAUCUCUGAUGGGAGUCUUGACCAGGAGGCAUUCAAGCAACUGCCGCAACAAGACAAUGGCGAGCAGGGUGUAGGACUAUACAAAAAUAGAGGGGAAACUGAGGAACGGCUUGCAUCUGACCUUGACCACUCUCAGAGCUGCAGAAAACAAAUGGAACAGAGCCGACAGCUUCGGCUGAAGCUAGAAGAGCCUGACAAAUCAGAUAAAUCAGAAAGCCCACAAGGCAGCGACACAGAGGACUUUGAAAGGUGCAGUCUGGUGCAUGAGGUAGGAAAACCACCUCAAGAUGUUACAGAUGAUUCUCCAUCUAACAAACGUAAGAAAUCCGAGAGUUUUGACUUUGACUUGCUAAGCGGUAAGAGAGAACGCAACUACAGGUCUUCCUGGGAAUUAAAUGAAGACCUUGACCUGAGUGUCACAUCUUUUUCUGGCUCUGGACCCUUUCCCUCAAAUGAAGAAGAGUGUGCUUCCCAGUUAUCACAAUCAGUUACCAAUAAAGAGACUAAAGACUCUCCAAAAGAAGAGGACAAUGUCUACUCGCAUCUAGAUUCAUUUAAAUACAGCUUGGACAUGACACCUAAUCGUUUCCGUUCCCCUAACACAGAAUUUCCUAAGCUUAAAACAAAAUUGCUUGGGUGUGACGAGCAGUUACUCCAACGGUGGGAGAGCAGAAUCAAAUCUGACUGCCUCAGAAUGGACAUGACCUUUCCCAGUAGCAUUGUGAAACGUGAAAACAUUUGCAAACGUCUUGUGCGUCAACUAGAGCCUGGAGAAGUACCGUCAGAUUCCGAUGAUGAUGGUGAGAACAAAAACCACUCCCCUAAGCCCAACACCUCACUGACCUCUAUCCUCAGGGAACGUGAAGAAAGGUUGACAGGCCUCAAGCUCUCAUGCUCCCUGGAGAAGAACAAGUUCUAUUCUUUUGCAUUAGACAAGACUAUCACUCCAGACACAAAAGCACUUCUUGAGCGAGCCAAGUCAUUGUCCUCCGCAAGGGAGGAUAAUUGGUCCUUUCUUGACAGAGACUCUCACUUUGCCAGUCUUCGCAGUAGCUCAGACAAAGAAAAGGUAGAGUCUUUACCACGACCUAUCCCGUCUUGGUACAUGAAGAAGAAGAAGAUUCGUACCGACUCUGAAGGUAAACUGGAUGACAAAAAGGAGGACCCCAAAGCAGAGGAUCAGGAACAGCAGGAGCUGUUUGCAUCUCGUUUUCUUCAUAGUUCAAUCUUUGAGCAAGAUUCACGGCGUCUGCAACAUCUUGAGCGCGAAGAUCCUGAGUUGGGAGUUGACCGACAUCCUGCCAAACAGGAUGCUGUCGAAGGACAACCUGGGCCAUGGAGAGGGGACCUUCAAGAACCCAUAGUGCUUUUUCAUAGCCGCUUUCUAGAGCUUCAACAACAGAAGGAGACCUCAAGGGACCACUUUCCACAAGUAAUUGAAAGUUUUGAUGUAGUUGAUGUGAGUGAACAAGAAGAGUCUCCCAAGGUUUCAGAGUUCAUGCAGAAGGCUGAUAUUAAAUCAGUCAGCCCUUCUCUCAUCCUGCCAAUUUCACAGUUUCUUCCUUCACCCAGAGAUAUGUCUCCACAGCAGGAGAAAGAGGCUGUUUUAACUAAUUCAUCCUCUGAACAGACUGUUUCACUGCUUGAAGAGGAAAAAGUAGAACAUCAUCUUGAAGUGUCCCCACCCCAAUCUCCUCCACUAGUAGAGAUCCAACCCCCUGCCUCGAUUUUAAUCAUAACCUUAUCACCUUCCCUUUCAGAUGCUGAGGUUAAAGUUGAACCUAAAGAGGUAUUAUGUGAACCCAAAGUUACAACCGAAGGCGAUCUUACAGUGGAUCGUGCAUCUUUCCUUGAUAAUAAGCCUCCCACUCCUGGGGCCUCAUUAAGUAGUUUUGAGGCAAAGGCUGCUGAAUUCAGCUGCUCUACUUCCCCCAAGAUUGAAGAUAAUAUGGAAAUGGUAAAGAUAGAGACCCAACCAGAGAAACCAGAUUCUAAGGACUUUGACAAACCUCAGAAAUCUGACGCUUCCCAAGAGGUUCACAUGCCAGUCUCAGAGGCUGGAAUCAAACCAGCAAAGCCAAUUCGCAAACAACCCAAGAGUAAAAGAGCUAAGCCAAAUGUGUCAGUAACACAAAUCUUGGAGCCCCCCGAAAUCAUUGUCUCUGAGAAACCAGUAACUCGAAAGAGUGAGCGAAUUGACAGAGAGAAGCUGAAAAGGUCUUCAUCUCCACGAGGAGAAGUAUUAAAGGCAUCAUCAGAACCUAAAACCACAGCCAAGUCACCAGUUAAUGUCCCUGACUCUGAGAAUGAAUCAAGCCUAAUCCACGGAAGGACCAGACGCCGAAAUGUGCGGUCGGUUUAUGCCACACCAUCUGAAGGGGAGGCCCAGCCACCAUGUAAAGAGGUGGUGGAGUCCUCCCGCUCCACACGUAAGUGUGGUGUUGACAAGGAGCUAGUGCAGCAGCUGCAGCAGGAGGCAUUGAACACAUCUACCAACACAAGGCGAGGUCGCCCACCCAAGUCACGCAGGCGAGGGGAAGAUGUGUCACCAGUGAAAGGGGACUCGCAGAAAACAUCAGAGGAAGACAUUGACAUGAAAGAGCCUGCGAACACUGGACAGGGUUCCAGAAUGUCUGAGGGGUGGCGUUCACCCCGUAUGCAGAAAGUGCAGACAGCUCAAGUGUCUUCACUUACUGGGGCCUCAAUUGGCAGGAAAGCAAGUAGAGUAGAUAAACAAUCCGAGAGUGCUACAUCAUCAGGAGAGAAGUCAGUUGAUAGGACAACUACUGAAGAGCUUGAGCCCAAAAUAAAAGAUGUGGCAGAAGAGGCAGGGAAAUUAUUAGAGGCAGCAAAGCAAUGCUUGCCAACACAGAAAGACGAAAAAGACCAAGCGCUAACUGAUCAAAUUGAGAAAAAUAAUUCUGAAGGGGACAUUGAGAGGACAGAAUCUACCCAUGUGGAGAAAAGACAACAAUCUGAAAAGAGUGGGAAAGUAAAAGCACCAAGGUUGACACAAAAUGCCAAAUUGGUGACAGAAUAAAUCGCAUGGCUUGAGAAACCUUGAGAUUCGUGUAAGCGUAGAUGAUGUGAAAGGCUUGCUUUGCACUGAGGAGGAUGAGGCUGAAUCUUUUGAGACCACUGCUAAAAAGGCCAAACCAAGAGUACCAGAUAAAGAAGAAACAAGGACUCCGUGUUAUCUGAAAGAAGCAGCAGAGUUCAGCCCAGAGGAAAAGGAAGAAGUUCUAUUAGACCCUGAACAACCGGAAGACCCAGCAGCCGCUAUUUUAGCACGUCAGAUGGAACUGGAACGGGCAGUGGAGAAUAUUGCCAAACUUACAGUUGUGCAACCUCUUCAACCCUAUAAGGAACCACCUGCAGAGCCACCUACCCUGCUGCCCACUGUCACUGUAGAACCAGAGAAUGAAAUAGAGGGGGAGAAGUCAGCUAUUCCUGCCAGUGAAACCGAACUUGCUGCUGCUAUUGAUUCCAUUACUGCUGAAGACAUAUCUGCUGAUACAGAUGGGUUCACAGCUCCUUCUACUUAUACUGCACUUGUUCCUACCCCAGAGCCACUGGUCUCACCCUCUGCCAAUGAUGUAUUGGAACCAGAAACACACAUGACUAUCAGCAACAUUAUUGACCCAGAGAUGGGAGUUCUGAUUCCCAGUGCCAAGCUCCUGACGACAGAUGCUAAAGCCUCUGAAUCAAUAGUCUCUGGGGCCUCUGCCGAAGAUGAGUCCCUUCCACCAGAAACACACACAAAAAAAGGGAAAGCAGUCAGACCUAAGACUCCAAAGAGGUCCAGGGGACGAAAGGCUGUCAACCGGAAGGGAGAGACUGCUGAAGAGGUAUCAGAAGCUGAGACCUCCCCUUUCAAGCUACCAGAGUCCAUUCCUGAAAAAAUUGAAAUCAUCAACUCUAAGGCAGCUACUGCUACAGCUGCAGCAACAGCCGCUGUUGUCACUGCAGCUGCUACCUGCAAAUGUGAUAUCACAUGCACCAUGACUGAGGAAACUCCCAAGGAGGCAGAACAACCUGCUGUGGAACAACCUGUACCUGAAGAAUCUGCUUUUCACUCUGGCACCAAGAGAUUUCCACAUUUCAAAAAGUUGCAACUAUCAGCAGUAGCCCCUGGUCUCUCUCCAUCCCCUGCCCUCACACCUUCUCCAACCCAAUUGAAUGUCCCUCCACCCCGCCCAGGCAAGAUGCCUGUUUCACCAGACUGGCUUCACAGAUCUGAAGAAAGUAUAAUCCAUGCUACUCUUGCAACUCAAGUUACUGUAGUCACUCCCUCUGCACCAGCAGUAACUGCACUUGGGAGCCAGUCAGUAAAUCCACUUAUGCCUCCUGAUACUAAGGCAUCGGAUAUUGACCCUAGCGCCAGCACUCUCAGAAAGAUCCUCAUGGAUCCCAAAUAUGUGUCAGCAUCAAACAGCAAUGCCAUUCCUACUACAGUGCUAACCACAAUGCUGGCAGACCCUCGCAUGUCAGAGAAUGAAAACUCAUCUGACACGAUGGCUGCUAGGCACACGCAUCCUGAAGACAGACCCUUGCCUUUCACUCUUCAAAAACCAUCCCCGCUUACUGAGACCCAGCAGAACUUUGGAGAGAAGAUGGUGCAUUCAGUCAUUUCUUCCCCUACUACCUCUGUCAUCAGCCGGAUUCCAAUGCCCUUUGACACUGAAGAAGCACCUCGAAUCUCCCUAAGUAACCGUAAUGCUGGCCUAUCUCUGCCCAAACAGAAAUCCAGAUCAAGUAUGAACGAGAACAACUGUUACCAUGGAGUGGAUGUGGCAGAGGAUGUAAACCACAGAGGACAGUCUGUAGUUGAGAGCACACCCUACAACACAGGCUCCAGUCCUGGCCUCAGGGUAAAUACAUCAGAAGGUGUGGUAGUACUGAGUUACUCAGGGCAAAAAACAGAGGGACCUCAACGGAUCAAUGCCAAAAUUAGCCAGAUCCCACCAGCCAGCGCAGUCGACAUAGAGUUCCAGCAGUCUGUGUCUAAAUCUCAGAUUAAGCAAGAACCAUUUGCCCCAUCCCAGCCUUACACCCCCAAGGGACCCCUGACACCUACAGGGUACGGACACCCUGGGGUACUCUUAACUGGCCAGUCAUACAAUUCUCAGCCUGUCAUCUCCACCAUUAAGCAGGAGAGUCCUGCUUCUGAAAAGUCAGAGUCAUCAUAUCACACUGGACACCAGGGUAGCGCAGUAAAGAUGUUUCAAAAACCGGUCACUAGUCCUCAAGUACUGAUGUACAACCAGGCUGUGAUGCAGCAGCACGCAAAGAAAGGGCCUGGAGCAGAAUCCAAACCAAUGAUGGCGGAUAUGGCAAAGGCACACCAGACAUCCAACCUCAGCCCAAUCAUGAAUUCACAUCACCCAUCUUUGACUGGUACCCCAUCUGAUCGGUCAGUACCACACCUCAAGCAAGAGCCCCAUUCCCCUCGAACAACGGGCCACUCACCUUCACCCUUUGCCAAAGUUUGCUCUCCCAGCAACUCAAUGUCCCCCCAUGCCAGCUCUAGGGUUUUGCAUCCUGGCAUGCCUGAGAUGUCUCCAUAUGUCUCCAGUAUGCACCACCCCCAUCCAGAGCAGUCUGUUAUAAUGACCCCGGUGUCACACAGCGUCACCCAGUCAGUGUCUAUAGGUCACCUCUCGCACAGCGAUGUCAGGAUGAACACCCCACAGCUCUCUGGAAUGAAUUAUGGAAGACGGGUGGAUUCCCUGCCGUCUCCCCACACUGGACCUCCUCAGCGCUCCAACACGCUAGCCGUGAUCAGAGACAUGGUGCUGCAGUCACACGUGGGCCCCACUCGGGGAACCUCUGACAGCUGCGCCGAAGAGAACAUGAGGCACUACCAGCAGGGGCUGUGCAGACCCUCUGCAUCCCAGCUCCAGUCAGAUGUGAUGAUGAUGCAGGCAGAGCAGCACAGAGGGCUGCAUCACGCAGGCCUACGUCUGGACCAGUACAGCAUGGCCUCACGAGACAUCAGAGACAUGCGCGACAUACGGGACAUGCGCAUCCUGAUGCACCAUCAGCUAGGAGAGCACACCAUCGCAGAGGGACGUCAGUCACGAACUCCUGAGGCAGGAGCAACCUCAAUCACCAACCUCUCUGCUGCCUCCAAGAGUCCAAAAGGCAUGGCGCAGAUGCGAAAGGAGAUUCCCAAAACAUUGGAGGCAAAGCCUCACCCACCUCAUACUGAGAGCAGCAGGACCAUUGGGGUCCAUCCAUCCAUUCCUGUUAUGGUGUCUCCUCAUCAUCAUCCUCAAGGGGUUCAGCUGAUUCAUCCAGGUGGCGCCGGCUCCUUCCCAGUGUACCGGGAUAUGCAGGGCUUCCACUCCCAGUUUUCCAGUCACUCUUCAAUGGGAUUGAACCUGGCUCCCUGCGGCAUCACACCUUCCCAGGUCAGAGAACUAUGCAUUCAUGUUUACAUUUAGUUAAUUAGUUUAUCAGCUGUUUAGUGUUUUUCCAGUGUUUUCAGUUAGGAUUUACUUUGACUGUUAUUUUACAGUGUUUCUCUCCUACAUGACUUCUAUGCAGGCAGCACUGAAGUCUUAUACGGUACCUAUGUUUCUACACUUUUGCUUAUGUGCUACAUCUCUUUUUUUUGGGGGGGGGUUCCUCAGGAUUGUGAUCUCGGCCACAGGGGCAAGCUAUCUCAGUCACUAUCACUUGGUAGAGGAAGUGAAACCAAAUCGGACAACUCCCACCUCUGUCACACAGCCUCCAUCGACUUAUCUCACAUGCCCCGGAUGCAGAGGGACACCAUUUCACCCUCUUAUACGUCUCCCAUGGCUCUCUCCCACAAGCAAGAGCUAGCUCUGCAGAACGGCCCACCAGUCUUCAUGCCGAGCCCUCCAGUAGCACCCCUCUCAAGUUCCUCACAGUUGCACCCUGAGGGUAAACUGGGGCACUCAGGAUACCGGCCCGUCGAUAUGGUGCAGCUUUUAACGGUAAGGAGGCUGAUCAUGGGAAUUAAAACAAUACUGAAGACUUUCAGUCAUCAUUUGUAAGGAUAGAUUAGAAUUAGAAAUCAGUUUAGAUAAUAUUGCUUAUACUUAAAAUGUCAUCUAUUUCACUGAUCUGUCUUUUCUCCACUUUUGUUUGUGCAGAAAUACCCCAUAGUAUGGCAAGGCCUGCUGGCACUGAAGAAUGACUCGGCUGCCGUGCAGCUCCACUUUGUCUCUGGUAACAACGUUCUGGCCCACCGUUCACUGCCGCCCCUGGAGGGAGGGGCCCCGCUCCGCAUCGCACAGAGGAUGAGGUUGGAAGCGUCCCAGCUCGAGGGCGUGGCUCGCAGGAUGAUGGUGAGUUGCUAGUUGUUCACCAUUUAAAUAAUGCAUUUUAUCACGAUUCUUGCAAAAUGUUUUCAAACUAGGACACUCUUUGGUAAUGUUUUCUUUGCAGGCAACUAGUUCUCAUUACAACUGUGAAUGUAAACAUGCUUAAUAUUUCAGGAAAAUUUCAGAUGAAAGCACAACCAAUUUGAUUGUUGUUGUUUACAGGUGGAGAGUGACUACUGCCUCCUGCUAGCUCUGCCAUGUGGACGGGAUCAGGAGGACGUUCUCAGUCAGACCCUUCUCCUGAAAGGAGGCUUCAUCACCUACCUACAGCAAAAACAGGCAGCUGGGAUCAUCAAUGUCCCCAACCCCGGCUCCAAUCAGGUAUGUGGUGCAUUCUGACUGUUAAGCCAUAUCAGCAUCCAUUUCAAAUGGACUUGUAAUGGCCCUUCUGUAUUCAAGUAAACAUUAGGUGGAGAUGGGAGUAUGGUACUUAUCUGAUUUCAAACAAUGAGGGUGGAAACACAACUGACACUUGUCUUGUCUCUUCCUUCCCCAGCCAGCAUACGUGGUGCAGAUUUUCCCGCCGUGUGAGUUCUCUGAGAGCCACCUGUCGCGGCUCGCCCCCGACCUUCUCAACAGUAUCUCCAGCAUCUCCCCUCACAUCAUGAUUGUCAUUGCCUCC